ACAGAGUCUCUGAAACGUCUUCACCUCCCCAUCUGCAAAGCAAUCUCUAUAAUUUCCUUUCUUUGCGAAAUUUUUCAGAGAGAGAGAGAGGGAGAGAGAGAGAGAGAGAGAGAUCUAAUGGAGUACGAGAGGAUACACAAAGUUCAGACUGGUAUAAUUUCUCCAAGUAAACUGAGGAUGAAGCUCAUGGGGCCUCACCAUAAAAAAAAGGAUGGAUCAAACAGUAACUCUGCCAGAACUUCUCCUUCCAAGCUUGAGGAUACCGAAUUUGUGAGGAACGGCUUGUUAGCGUCCAACAAUGGAGAUUUUGAUGAAGUUACAUCUCCCAACUUAGAAGUUCUGCCGAUCAAGCUACCCAGUGAAGCAGUCUUAAACCAGACUUUUUGCCAGCAGAAAGAGUCAUUGCAGAAGGAAAAUGGCGAAAUGGGUCGCCUUAAAGUGCAACAGUUUUCAAAGUGUGAAAGUGCUAAUUCAAGUGCAAUUCAUCCUAUGAGAAUCAUGGAAGAUGAAAAUCUUGAUUAUGAUAGCAAUGCUAGCUCAUCUAGCUUUGAGUUUCAUAAAGGAGAGAGAUCAGUACACAAUCCGUUCACAAGAUCGCUUUCAAGACCCAUGCCAUCUAAGUGGAAUGAUGCAGAGAAAUGGAUAAUGAAUAGGCAAAAUGCACCUGUUCAUUAUUCUAAAAAGAAUUCCUCACAAAACCAAACAAACCGGCUGCCAAUGACAAAUAUUGUUAGGGUUGCUCCAGAAUCUGCUAGUUAUGAUCACAAGUUAAUGAUUAGCAGAACAGCAGAGACAAAGAGGGUUGAUUUCUGUCAACCUGCGUUACAUAUGGGGCAUGAAAAGUUCUCUUUUGUCCCUUCUGGGAGUCACCCUGUUUCAGAUCAAGCACAUGGGGGGAAUGCAUUAACCAAUCUAUGUCCUCUAAGUGAGGAUUUGAAGGGAGUUGAUCACAGUGAUUUAUCCAGCACAGAAUGUUCGACAGAAAAUAUGACAGGCACUCCUGCGAUAAGAUCAGUCUCAAUGAGAGACAUGGGAACAGAAAUGACCCCUGUCCCAAGUCAAGAGCCUUCAAGGACAGCUACUCCUGUAGGAGCAACAACUCCACUCCGCAGCCCCACUUCCUCGAUCCCAUCUACUCCCCGAAGAGGGGCACCUGCUUCCACGCCUGUGGAGAACACCACUGAUGAUGAAUCACAGAUUCGAACAGAAAAAAGCAAAAAAGAAUUGUCCGGGGAAGAAUUGAAGCUCAAGACAAGAAGAGAAAUUGUAGCCCUUGGUGUCCAGCUAGGUAAGAUGAAUAUUGCUGAAUGGGCAAGUAAAGAUGAGCAUGAAAAGAAAAAACCUUGUGCUGAAACUAUUAAUAUGGAGGAUUAUGAGCGGAUUGAAUUUGAGACACGCGCGGCUGCAUGGGAGGAAGUUGAAAAAUCAAAACAUAUGGCAAGGUUUAAGCGUGAAGAAAUAAGAAUCGAGGCAUGGGAAAGUCAGCAGAAGGCAAAACUAGAAGCAGAGAUGCGGAGAAUAGAGUACCAAGUUGAACAAAUGAGAGCCCAAGCUCAAGUGAAGAUGGUGAAGAAGAUUGCAAUGGCAAGUCAAAGAUCAGAAAAUAAACGGGCUGCUGCGGAAGCCAGAAGAAAUCGCGAGGCAGAAAGAACUGCAGCACAAGCAGAAUAUAUUCGGCAAACAGGGCGGUUGCCAUCCACACAUUACAUCUGUUGUGGUUGGCUAUCAUAAACCGGAUGCAACGGAUAAAGGAAAUGCUUCAUAUAGUGGCUUUGCCGAAGUGGCCUCCCUCUUGUAGUCUGUUUCGGAAAGAAUUCUUGACCUAGAGAGUGUUGUUCUGUUUGUUUAUCAGCCUUGUAUUUACUAGUCAACCUCAUUGUGUAAGUUGUUAUAUGAAGAAAAUUUGCAAUUUAUGCGUUAAAGUUUAGUCAUGGAAUUGUUCAUAGUUAUCCAUGUAAGGAGUCAUAUCUAUAUCACUCCAUACUACCAUAUGAUGAUGAUUACCUAAUGAAAUCAGAAAGGGUUCUGCUGCU